UGAAUCGGAACGUACCUUUGGGACAGUUGUGAACUGACUUGGCGAUUCGGAUUUUCUUUCAGUGAUUAUCUCGAUGACUUGUGUAAAUUCAAUGUUAAUUUGAUUUGUUAAAUGACAGUAUAAUAUUGGUGAACCGCGGAAGUGUAUCGAGUAAACUUACAACUGUGCUCAUGUGGCCGCCGGGAAUAAAGGACAUAAAAUCACAGUGACUCGUUAUAUUUUUUCUAACAACAAUAAAAUAUAGCAAUCAAUAUGAUACAAGACGAUGAGUUUGAGUUUUUGGUGACAACCCCGGAGCGUAUAGAGGCUCUGGGGUUCAAACCGCAGAAGGAAAUAUUGACGAAUCACAUCCUACCAUAUGCCAAUGAGCUGGAUGAGGAGUCCAUACGGUUCCUGGAACAAGUGAAGAUCAACCUGGCGAAGGCCGUCAUGCUGCGCGAGAUGAAGCCAGCGUGCGGCGUCUGGUCCUCCAGGCUCAUGAAGUACAUUCGUAUUCAUGGGCUGAAGUUUAGCAAGCAGGAUCAUCUGAAGUUGAUACGACUGGCGUACGAACUAGUGCUCAUUCCUGAUCUGGAACCAGGAAAGGUCCACAAGUUUGCCACCAUGUUCCUAAUGCUCACUAAGAAAAGACAAUUGAUUACACCUGCAGAAUUGACGCUGCCGUGGCGGCCGCUCUACGAUAUGGGCAAAAAAAUAUUUGAUAAGAGCUCCACACAUAUUGGAAUGUACCAUUAUUUAACGCCAAGUCGCUUUGCGAAAAAAGGAGUCGAUGUGCUCGAUUUGAUUCGCAAAUUCCUGUCAGGCGAUGGGCUGGCUGACGCCCUAGAGUUGCUCGGCCUAGCAGGACCCGAAGAGAACGAACUGCCCACCUCGCUAGAACUAUCAUACAUUUCUAUGGUCAAAUGUGCCAGACCAUAUUUCCCAAUAACCGCUACAAGAGAAAUUCUAGCGGAGAUAUUACCGCAAAUAAACCCGUGGUCGACGGACACGCACGUGAUCUGCCAACUGGCGGUAUUCCUGCCAGUAGCGCUACCUCCCAGGCUCGCAGCACAUGGACAUCUGCUGUGGUUCGACGAAAUCAUGACGCUCUGGGAUACCUGUUACAACUCGCAGUGUGGGAUCGCGGAUUUAAUGAUGCUAUUUGCUGGACUAGCAAAACGCAAUCCUGGUGCUAUAGACUGGACACCACAUGUUCCGAAGAUGUUCAUGAGGUUCCUUCACGCUCUGAACUUACCAGUCAGCUACAAAGACAUGCAAAUCACUCGCUGCCAUUCCCUCGAGAUGAAACACGUGGCCUCCUGGAUAGUAUGGAGUAUCAGCCCCAACGGCGUGGUGCUGAAACACUUGCGCAGCUUCCUAGCCGGAGUGGAGAGCUACUUGCACAGCGCCAACUCCGGCCGCUGGUCCUACAAACUCAGAGACCUCCUCAGGAAACUCGCCAGAGAGUUCCUCAACAGAGUGCGACGUGAACGUGAAAAAAGAUUCUAUGAAACUUGGGAGAACCAAACACCUGAGUCGUAUCAACUCAGAGAUGAAGACAUCACCGAUUUUGUGAAAAUUGUGCUGGAACCGACACUGCAGGCGGUGUACAGCCGCAGCGGCUCGCUCGACAUAUCUAUUGCUCUGCAGAACUUGGCGACGCUGCGCCCUGCUAUAGUAGUUCCGCCAUUGCUAGAGAGACUAAAGACGUCUCUGACGUCACUCACCGAGCCUCACCGAGUCACCGCAGCCAUGUCUGCUGUGGCCGCAGUCGCCAGGCCCAUGCUACGUGGAGCUGACGCAGACUACCCAGAAGGCCCAACACAUGUGGUGCCAUUCCUUUUAGCAGUCCUACCAGGUCUCGAUCCUAACGAUAUUAAAAAGACAUUAGUUACACUACACUUCAUCCUCAUCUUCACAUGGAUGGUGCCAUUCAUAGACUGUAGUUCUGCUCACGAGCACCACGAUGACCUCACUGAAGAGGAGCUUCUGACUUGUGAGUCCACUGCUCAAUUCGAAGACUUCGUCCUCGUAUUCUUGGACAGACUGUUUGUCAUUAUUGAAUCUAGCGUACUGGAACAUGUAAGACUGGAUACGAAGGAAUCUGACGGCGUACGUAGCAAGACUGAUGCUGUUAUGGAGACAGCAAUCUCUUCGGCUGCCACAGCUGUGCUGAUGCAGUGUUCGCCGAAGAUAUUUAAGGAGGCAUUGAGGAAGUUUAAAGCUUUUGCCACUGAGUCCACGUUUGAAACGAAUGUUUCUGGAAGCAUGGUUGGCGUGAUGUUGCGUGUGUUUGCUCGAAUUGAUUCUGAAUCGACAUUAGCGGCUUUCAUGCCGAAGCUUUGUGAAGAGUUGACAGAACUGCUGUCUACUGACGAGGCGCUCCACGAAGAGAAUCCCCCGCGCGACCUCAUGUACAGAUUGGUUCUGUUCAUGCACAUAGUGGAGUGUGACGGCUUGGUGCUCCUCAAGUAUAUUCCGGACAUCCUUCCAAUAUUAGACAGGGCCUUGAAACUUCACUCGAACUACGCGCUGUCGCGAGCGUGUGAGGUCCUGAGUCAUAUGCUCAUGUCUCUGUGCUAUAUCGACCUUAAGGAGUGGAAGAGUUCGCCGAAGGAUUACGAUAAGGCUCCUCAGGAGUGGCUGCCAAUUCGCGAGUGGGGUUACGGGUGCAUGUUGAAGGACGCGAACCUGAAGUGGCACGUGCCUUGUGCCGCGGAGGCGGAGUGUGCGCAGAUGUUGCUGGACAGAUACCUGAAGGCGGAGGUGCAACGUCUGCGGCAGUGGCUGAGCGGUGAGCGGCCGAUGUGUCGCGAGCGCAGGCUGCGCAGCUUCUACAUUAUCAACGCUGUGCUGGCUUGCAGCACAUUCUUGCCGCCGCCUGAUGAAGAACCCGUGCAACUCAUGGAAUCCCAAGUGCCCGCGACCAGCAUUCCAUUCACAUGCGGCGUACGUUACCAAGUAACACUUGACGGUGAGAACGUACGAGUGGCGCUUACUCGACUGCUGCUUGAGGUGCAAGCUAAACUCUUAGCGGAGAAAACUGAUGAUACCAGGGGCUUGGAGAUGCUCAUACAGGUGUGGGAACGCGUGGUAGUAAUGAAAGGUCUACGCGGGAGCCCAGGUUUGGAGAACCGUCUCCGUUCAUACGGGGCUUUGGAACGCGCGUUAGACGGUCGCGGGGGGCCCCCGGACCGACAGGGCGGGACACGAGGGGCCGGGGCUGCGAGGCUGCGUAUGUUAGCUGCUGAUGCUGCGAGGCUGCAUGAUGACGCGAGGUACGACCUCGUGUGCGAGGCCGGGAUUACACCCUCCGCGCUCAGUGCGUUACAUGCGCUCGCUGAUCUGUCCGUCAAUACUUAUAGCUCGGUACGCAUCUUAGCCCAAAUUCGUCUGUACUGGAUGCUUAGCCACUACCCGUACUCCUACCGGGCUCUCGUUCCCAAACUCGCCGCAAUUUUAGCCGAAGGGGGCGAAGGCGACGAAUGGCACGCCAGACAUAAGGGGGUCUUGUUCAUGAUGCUGGGACCCCGUACUGGGCCCCUCGUUGCUAAACAGGACUGGGAUGUGGUACGGACGUUGUGGCCUGCUAUAUUAAAUGCACCGCUUAGUGAGAAGCCUAGUAUGGUGCGCCUCGAACAGGCCUUCAGCGACAGCCUCCACCGUCACUUCCCAACAGUGAACACCCGACUUACAAUGUCUCUCGAAGCAGUGAUCGCGGCCGCGGUCCUUCUAACUGAGGAACAACGCACCGAGCCGCAUUUCAAGGAGCUCCUGAACGCCUCCAUAGCUAAAGAACAGGCCACUUCAGAUAGAUGUGAGAAGCAGUACAAUGAGCUGAUCAUGGAACUCGUCAAAGUUGUGGAGACGCCCAAUGUGCAAUGGCGUCGCCUAGAGUUAGCAAUACAAAUGCUAACUUUCUGCCCGUCACUACAAACUCCAUACCCUGGCGCCGCCGUCAAAGGCAUGGUUAAAGCUCUCCUACACGACGACAUUGCAGUAAGACGCACGGCGCAACGACUCGUGCAUUACGUGCUCAAACAACGCAAGCACAAGAUUGUGAAGAUAGAAAUGGACCCCUAUGAGAUAGCUGGGGUACCGAGGCCUGUGAAACGGGUGCCUGGUUAUAGAAAGGAUCUGGAGUGGGCCAUAUGGUCUCAAGAUAGAGAACAUACUACUGAUGCCGAAUGGGAGACGCCGUGGCUCAGGAAUCCAACAUACGGCUUCUACUGUUGGCCUGAGACUCUUGAGGUGGCAGCACCAUCAAGCGAGCAAGUAUUCUCUUCGGACCUGAGUCCCGAGGACAUGGAGGAAGGUGAACGGCAUAUCUACGAGUUCUUCACUGAUGAAAGCAACGUGGACCGCCUCGUCGCCUUCUUAACUGUGGAAGAGAAGAAGGGCAAAGACAAAUUCAAUGGAGUGCGAUUUGCGCUGUUGAGGACUCUAUUCGCUCAGUUCGGGUCAGCCGUAGCACGCAAGUUCUUGCGUCACGCAGAACGUUGCGCGUGCGACUCUCAAGAGGCGCCGCAGCGGUUCGCGGCGGAAGUGGCGGCUGCGGCACUGCGCGCACCGCGUUAUUGGCCGCGUGUUCGCGCCAGGCAGAUGUAUGCGGCCGCACUUAAUAUACUUGAAGCUGGUCUGACAUCAGUAACUCCGGAAACACUAGAGGACUGGGGUACAUGCGUGGCCACGGGAGUCGAGAAGCUGGACCCCACCCGGGGCCACCAAGUCCUGACCAUGCUGCUAGACUUGUGUGCCCCGCAGUCUCGCGGCAGUGACAGUGACACCGACAGCGACACUUCUUUCAGUGUCUGCGCUAGGCUUUAUGCUCUACAGGGCGCUUUGGGUUCUCUACGUUGGCGCGCGGCGCCGCUCGCGGCUGAGCUGCUGAAGCGGCUGGAAGAGGCCAACUUCAUUCAACACCCCUAUCAGAACGUUAGGGAGACGGUGGGCAGUUUGCUGAUGACGAUCUUCGACACGGAGCUGGUGUUCCCGGGCGGCAGCAGCGGCCCCGCGCCGCGCCUCGCCGACUUCCUGGCCUCCGUGCAGCCGCGCCUCGCCGCACUCUAUGACGAGAACGGCGAUAUCGUGAUAAAGACAGCAGCAUCAGCCGCCGCCGCCAUGCAGUGCAGUCCCCGCGAGGACACGACGGAGUGCGGCGCCGAGAGCCGCGCGCUGCGCUCGCUGGCGGCCGUCGGCACGGUGGGCGAGGUCGCCCUGGUCGACGUGGCGCGACUGUCGCCCGACCACCAGCGCCACACGCCCACCAAUGAUGAUGCGCCACAGACGGCAGAGGGCGGGUCGGCGUCGGAGUCGGAGGGCGGCGCGCGCGGCUCGCGCGUGGACAAGCAGCUGGUGGCGCGGCUGGACUCCGCGCUGCGCCUCGCCGGCGACGUGGCCGCGCCCGCGCCGCGCGACCACGCCCGCGCCGUCAACCUGCUCACUACCGUACUCCGCGGCUGCAUGGGCGUGAUAGUCCGCGGCGUGAACGGCAACACGGAGACGCAGUACACGCUGGUCGCGACAGCCUGCGCCCUGGCGGCGCGCGGGCCGCCGCAGCCGCACGACGAGCUGCCGCGCGCCGCCGCCGGCCUGCUGGCCUCGCUCGCGCUCGCGCUGCACUCGCCCGCCGCCUUCGACGUCGCGCUGCGCCAUCUGCGCGCCGGAGCUGACGGUCGGUCGUGGUGGGCUCGUCUCGCGUGCAUCGACUUCGCUCAGCCGCUGCUGUUCUACGGGCUGCCGAUGCUGUGUGACCAAGUGGACCGCGCCGUCGCCACCGAGCAGUUCGCACUCAAACUAAUGAGAGAUCCAAGACUGGAGGUUCGUCAAUCGGCAGCAAAGCUGCUGACAGGGCUGAUGCACUGCCGCGCGCUGCCGGACGAGGAGCGCACGCUGGCGGCGCUGAUGCGCAGCUGCCGGGCGGCGGCGCUGGUGGAGCGGCACUGCGGCGUGCUGGGGCUGUGCGGCUACCUGGCGUCGCGGCCCUACAGCCUGGGCGCGCGGCUGGGCGCCGUGCUGGCGGAGCUGGCGCGGCACACCAGCGCGCCCGACCCCGUGCCCGCCGCCAUCCGCGCCGCGCUGGCCGACUUCCGCCGCACGCACCACGACGACUGGCCGCGCCACCGCGACCAGCUCUCCGAGGAGGAGCUCGACCUGCUGGCCGACCUCACCUCGCCCCCCUCCUACUGCGCCUGAAUCUCGUCUGCGCCGAUUACCAUAAGCGAUUUCAUUGUGAUAUUCAACAAUAGCUUUACGUAUGACACAAAUUUUAGUUGCAUAAUUAAUCUAAAACGAUUUUGUUUCGACUCCCUUCUAUGUGCACAGUACCCGUAAUCGUUUAUACCGUGGAAUAUACUAAUCGAGCCAGCGGUAAAUCAGUGUAAUAGAAACGCCAUAAAUAUUGUAGUGGCUUAGUUAUGUAAGUUACGAUAUAAUCAUUGCAUCACUUGCUCACGUAUCUACUUGUGUAUUACGUGUUUGUAUUGAAUCUGUCAUGGUGGUGGCUCCACAACUCAUAUUCCUGUGCCCACACAGUAGACGCCGGUGACGGAUUAGCUAUUAAGAUGGUCAAUGAGUAAUUUUGAAAAUUUGUUUAAAAAUAUUUUAUUUUAUAGUUUCAUUAAACUUUUCUUAAUUUGAUUGGGGAGGAGAAAAGCUAGAAAAUGUUUGAUUUACAAUAAAAAAAAAUAUAUAAAUUUAGUUAUCAGUGUUGCAUUGAUUUUAAGACAUUUUGUUCCAUUACAGAUCUGUUUACAAGGGUUAGGGAUUUGUAAAUACAUGUAUAAAUAUGAGUUAAUUAAUAUUUCUUUUUUAGGAUGUUGUAUUAAAUACAUCAAUAAAUAAA